GCUUCUCAGCUCACCUCUCAGUCUGCCUAGUCUACAAGCUAAGGAACAUAUAUCCAAACUGCCUCCUGGCACUAAUAUUUUUAAUUAGAACUUUAUCAGCACUUUGCCAAAGGAUGGCAUCCAAGAUGAAGGAUCGCAAGAGAACUCCCAUCUCCCAUAAAGUGAUAGAAAAAAGAAGACGGGACCGCAUCAACCGCUGCCUGAACGAACUGGGGAAAACCGUGCCAAUGGCGCGCGCGAAACAGAACUCGGGAAAGCUGGAGAAGGCCGAGAUUCUGGAGAUGACAGUUCAGUAUCUACGAGCGCUCCACUCCGCAGACUUCCCCCGGGGCAGAGAAAAAGGUGAGCUACUGGGGGAGUUCGCCAACUACUUCCACUACGGCUACCACGAGUGCAUGAAGAACCUGGUGCACUACCUGACCACCGAGGAGAGGGUCGAGACCAAAGACAUCAAGUAUGCAAGGAUCCUGGCCUUUCUUCAGUCCAAGUCCCGGGUUGUUACCGAGCCGGUGUUCGGCUCCCUUGGCGCGUUGCCAGACCAAGCAGAUUAUCUGUGCCAGUUGCACUCCUCCCCGGAGUCACACCAGAGCCACAGCCCCAGCGACUCCGUGUUUCAGCAGAGCACACCCGGACACUUCUCUUGGCACAGCACGGCGCGCAGCCCGACCAUCUCGUACCCAACCGUGCCACUUUCCGCGCCGACGCAACAGCACCACGGUGGCUACUUGUCACCAGUGCAAGGACUUGACCAUCACUACUUCAACUUUUUCAACGGCCACCCGCACGCGAAUGCGUUCAGUUUGCACAGUACGCAACACGCGUUGUAAAUAGAAUCCGGCUACCAUUUUGUGUUGUCUUUAUUUAUAUGUGUGUUCAUAAUAAAUACUUAAAGAUUGUGGAUAUUGUAUACUGUACAAUAUCUUUAAAAAAAGAAAAGUAAAUGUUUAUUUCCCACAUUUUUUUUGUUUUCUUGUGUUGUUAUAACGCACAUUGGUCAAUUGCUGAAAACCUCCCUAAAAACCUAAUGGUAUAAUAACGUUGGUCUAUUGAUUAUGAAUAGGCCAAUUGUUCAUUCUUCUAAAUCAUUUAUUACAGAAGAGUCAGCCUAUUACAGCCAAAUCACUCAGCCCAUUUCUACGAAAAUAUAUAUUUGUAUUUCUUAAAGGGAUAGGCUAGUUCACAUUUUCCCCCACCUUAUUUUCAACUAACCAGGGGGUUGUCCUUUCAUCCAAACCACGUUUAAUCAAAUCAAAUCAAAUCAAAUUGUAUUGGUCACAUACACAUGUAGCGA